AGUUAAAGCAGAAAAAUAUAGCGUUCAGGAAAUUUCGGAGUCACGUCCCAUUUAAAUACUCGUUUUAUGUGACUUUUUAUUGAACACUCUAUUAGUGAACCUCACAAAUAAAUUAGAUCCUUAAAAAAAUUAUUUUAACGUCAUUCGGAGUAACGUAAUCGCUCAUAACACGUUAUCUGGGGGUUCAAAGAAUCCUGUUGCAUUGCUUGACGAGAUUUCAGAGAUGGCAGACGACUCCAGCUCUCCAAAAGCCACGGAAAUAAAGCUGAGUGAUGAUCCCUUCGCGAAUGGAGAUGCACUUGUCUUGAAGCCCAAGAAAAAGAAAGCAAAGGAGAAGUCCCUGCAGUAUGGGAAGGCGAAAACGCACAAAAAGAUGAAAACGAGUAAAAAGGAGAGCAUGGACUUUGAAGACAGCGGUGACAGAAGGCUCCAGCUGGAUGUGAAGGAAGAGCUAAAGGAAGAUCCAGAUUUUGUAGUGCAUGGGAAAGGCAAAAAAAGGAAGAGAAAGACAGAUCACACGGACGGACCUUCAUCCACUUCAGAAGCUCCUUUGCUGAAAAAAAAGAAGAAAGUUGUGAAAGAUGAGGGCCAGAUGAACUUGGCAACAGAGAAGAAGAAAAAGAAGGAAGCAAAAGACAAGGUAAAAAAAGAAGAGGGAGAUCGUCCUGUGUCUGUAAAGAAGAAAAGCAAGGAAGAGAUCGAGGCAGCCAGGGCCCUGAAGUUAAAGAAGAAAGAAGAGGAGGAGAAACAGAGAUGGAGAUGGUGGGAGGAAGAGAAGUAUGAGCAUGGGAUUAAAUGGAAGUUUCUGGAACACAAAGGGCCAUAUUUCCCACCCGAGUAUCAACCUCUUCCAGAUGAUGUGAAGUUUUAUUAUAAUGGAAAAGCAGUGAAGCUCAACCCGCCGGCAGAGGAAGGGGCUCUUUUCUUCGCUCAGAUGCUGGAUCACGAAUACACAACGAAAGAGGUCUUCCGCAAUAACUUCUUCAGGGACUGGAGGAAGGAGAUGACUCUGGAGGAGAAACAACUGAUCACAGAUCUGAACAAGUGUGAUUUUGGAGAACUUCUUGUCAUGCACAAACAGAGGGUGGAAGCUAGGAAAAACAUGAGCAAAGAGGAGAAGCAGGUUAUAAAAGAAGCAAAUCAAAAGAUUGUUGAGGAAUACGGGUUCUGUGUGUUGGACCACCAUCGCGAGCGCAUUGGGAACUUUAAGAUAGAACCUCCAGCGCUGUUUCGAGGCAGAGGAGAUCACCCCAAACAGGGAAUGCUGAAAAAGAGGAUUCAGCCUGAAGACGUCAUCAUCAACUGCAGCAAGGACUCUCAUAUCCCAGAACCCCCAGCUGGUCACCGCUGGAAAGAAGUUCGUCAUGACAACACCGUAACAUGGCUAGCCAGCUGGACAGAGAACGUACAAGGCUCCUGUAAAUAUGUGAUGCUCAACGCCAACUCCAAACUUAAGGGUGAGAAGGAUUGGGAAAAGUAUGAGGUGGCUCGAAGACUGAAGUCGUGCGUGGAUGCCAUCCGUGCUCAGUACCUUGAAGACCUCAAGUCCAAACAGAUGGGUACACGCCAGAGAGCCGUAGCCCUCUACUUCAUUGACAAGCUGGCUCUGAGAGCAGGUAAUGAAAAGGAAGAGGGCGAGACGGCAGACACCGUGGGUUGCUGCUCUCUGCGCGUGGAGCACAUCACCUUACACGACACACUGGAUGGCCAGAAGUUUGUGGUGGAGUUCGACUUCCUGGGUAAAGAUUGCAUCCGAUACUACAACAAGGUCCCUGUGAUCAAAAGGGUUUUCAAAGACCUCAAGCUUUUCGUGGAAAAAAAGCAAGGAGGAGACGACUUCUUUGAUCGACUGAAUACCCAAUUGCUGAACAAACAUCUGAGCUCUCUGAUGGCGGGCCUGACUGCAAAGGUUUUUAGGACAUACAACGCCUCCAUAACCCUGCAGCAGCAACUCCAAAAACUGACCAACAAGACUGAUAAUAUGGCGGAGAAGUUGCUCUCAUACAACAGAGCAAAUCGUGCGGUUGCAAUUCUAUGUAACCAUCAGCGGGCGCCGCCAAAGACCUUCGAUCAGUCUAUGGCAAACCUGCAGGCAAAGAUUGACAGCAGGAAGGAGCAGUUGGCCCUGGCUAAGAAAGAGCUAAAACAGGCCAAGAAAGACGGCAAAGGGAGCUCAGACAACAAGCUGUUGACUUUGGUGGAGAAGAAGAAAAAGGCUGUACAGAGGUGUGAGGAACAGCUACUGAGGAUGGAGGUUCAGGCUACAGACAGAGAAGAGAAUAAACAGAUUGCCCUGAGCACCUCCAAGCUUAACUACUUGGACCCACGCAUCAGCGUGGCCUGGUGUAAGAACAUAGAGGUGCCACUGGAUAAAAUUUACAACAAAACGCUACGAGACAAGUUUGCCUGGGCAAUCGACAUGACUGAAAAUGACUUUGUGUUCUAAUAGUGGUUUGUUUCUUUUGCAGUUCACCACAACAGUUUUAUCAACAUCUAUAUUUUAAGUGAAAUUGCUGACUAGAUUUUAUAGCAGUUUGUUGUAUGGUGGUAUUGUUGGCACUUUUAUAUUGUUUGAUUUUUAUGUGUUUAAUCAAAUUUGGAUGUUUUAUGAAGGUUCAAUAAAUGUUCAUUGUAUUAUAGGGAGACCUCUUUUUAUAGGUUUUUUUAUGUAAAGGACCAGUUAAGGUGCUUUGCUUUUUGGGCGAAUCUCAUAAAGAAACCUCUGGGUUAUAUUGUAAUUCACCCCAAACUUAUAAAAAUACUAAUAUUAAGAUAUUAACAAUAUUAAUUGCAGAUUUGGUAAGAUUCACCUGCUUAACCAGCAGGUUAACAAGUAUACAUGUAGUCUUUUUUUAAUUUUUAAUUGUAUGUCGGACAGU